AAAAAAGAAAAAAAUUCAUUCCCUCUCUUCUUCUUCUUCUUCUUCUUCUUCUUCUUCUUCUUCUUCUUCUUCUUCAAUAUUUCAUCUUCAUCUUCAUCUUCAUCUUCAUCCAACAGAAAAUCCAAACCCUAGAAGGAGAAGAUUUGUUCAUCUAACUGAUUUUUUUCGUCUCUCUUUUCACCAAUUCAAUUUGGUGAGAAGGAUGAAGAAUUAACAGGAAAUCAUUUUUAUUCCGUUCGAAGAAAUUGAAAAAAUAAUGUGUAUGAAGAAGCGUACCUGAUUUUGGUGAAUCCGUCAAAACCUACUGUAGAAUUGAUUCUUCUGUGAUCUCAUUCUGUUUGAUCGGAUUCCACUUUGAGAAUCUGAAUUCCAUUCUUCGAGAGUAGUGAUUUGUUUCUUCUGAAAUCCGUUAAUGGUUUCCAAUCCAGAUCUCGUCUUCUAUUCCUGCAUUGCAAGAGGAACUAUAAUCCUAGCUGAAUUCACGAGAGAACCAAAUCUCGAUGACUUACCUCUCAGAUGUAUCGAGAAAGCUCCUCCUCAUCACUCCAUCUUCUCUCACACCAUUAGAAACAGAGCGUACACCUUUUUGAUCGAAGGUUCUUUUGUUUAUUUCGGAAUUUUUCAUGAAGACCUUAACAAAUCGGAGGUUUCUGGUUUCUUAAACCGCUUAAAGCGUGAUUUCGAGGUGUUUCUCGAGAGCGAAUCGCUCAAGGGUUUUGAAAACUUCACUUCUUACUGUUUUCAAUCGCAGUUCGAUUCGAGUUUCCGGCAUCUCCUGGGGUUGAAUCUGAACAAAACAUCGUCCAACGGAUUGAUGGGAAGUCAGAGAUCGAGCUUGGACUCAAGUUCAAGAAAGCAAAUACCAUUGGUUUCCAAGUUUUCAAAUCCGGGUAGCUUAAUGAAGAAGAAGAAGAAGGUGACUGGGGAUGGUAACUGGGAAGGAGGGAAGUAUGGAAUGGAUGAUUCUGUGGAUCUGUAUGAUGAUAACAAUGGUUUAUGCAGUAGAGAUAUUACAUUGCUGAUGCAGAAGAAUGGUUCUCAUAAUAGUGAGCGUCAAAAAGCAAAGCAAGUAUGGAGAAAACAUGUAUGGGUUGUUUUAUCCAUUGAUUUGUUUGUAUGUUUGGUUUUGUUUGGCAUAUGGCUUUGGGUUUGCAGGGGAUUUCAGUGCAUUGAAAGCUGAAAAUGCCUGAGGUUUUCGAUGAAUUUCAAUCCUUGAUUGACAGACAAUGAUGAUAUUUCACUACAACAAGGGUUGAAAUUCAACAUCACGUGUAUGAUUCAUGUUAUCACUAGUUUAAUACGUUGAUAACUUCCAAUGCAAGGUGGAUAAGGGACAGAAGCACAAAGAAUGAGUCAACACCAAUCUCUGAGUUCUUUGAGAAACUUGAGAAGAUGGAAGUACAUAAGAAAUGUCAGGAAGGCUGGUACUACAAUGUUCUUGAGGUUUCUAUUUAGGCUUUCCAUGAAACGAUGGUCUUGUAACUUUCUGCUCUUUAUCACUUAAACAAAAUGGAGCGCCAACAUGAUAAGUAGAUGCUUGAUCCCCAGUUCCCUCUAAUUUUUUGACUACCUUUUUUUGUUCAGUUA